GGGAGCUCCGUGCUGACGCCAUCAUCGCGCGACGGCACGGACACCAAGGAUCGGCUCGGUCGCCGCGGCAACCGGAGUGGGGAUGGCGGGCAGGGGCAGCGUGGCACAGCUGCGGGAAGAUGGAAACGCAAGUUUCAAAUCGGGAGACUAUGAGGCAGCUCUGUCCUGCUAUACUCAAGCAAUUGAGCUCUCCCCGGAGCCAGCUGAGCUCAGAGUGCUGCACCGUAACAGAGCAGCCUGCUACCUCAAACUGGAACAGUACUCAAAAGCUGAGGCUGAUGCUUCAAAAGUCAUUGAGGUGGAUGGGAAGGAUGUGAAGGCUCUGUUCCGCAGGAGCCAGGCCCUGCAGGAACUGGGAAGGCUGGAUCAGGCAUUUGCUGAUAUCCAAAGGUGUGCUGUUCUGGAACCGAAGAACAAAGUCUUCCAGGAGUCAAUGCGGCAGAUUGCAGCGAAGGUCCAAGAGAAGGUCCGACUACAGUCCUCUACUGACUCGCGCGUAGAACAAAUGUUUAACAUCCUCUUGGAUCCUGGGGAGAAAGAUUCCGACAAAAAACAGAAGGCUGUCCAGAAUCUGAUUGUUCUCGCUCGCGAAGACGCUGGGGCCGAGAGGAUUUUUCGCAGUGAUGGGGCACGUCUCCUUCAGAAAAUGCUGGACACGAGGAACGUGGAUAUUAUGCUGGCUUCGCUACGCACACUAGUUGGACUGUGUUCGGGUCACCAAUCUCGGGCAACAAUGAUCUUGCACACAGUAGGAAUGGACAGGCUGUGCCAUGUGAUGGGCAUUGACCAUGAGCAGGUUUCCCUGGCGACCUGCAAUGUGCUGCAGGGUAUUUUUGAUUCAUUGAAAGGUGGAAUAAAAAGUGAUGUUCGAGGGAAGGAGGAAGCUGUAGUUCUCGAUCCCGUGAAGGAGAUGAAAAUGAUGGUGCAACAGCUAAUAGAGAUGUUAAUUCAGCGUGACGUCUCUACACAUGGUCGAGAAAAUUCCAUUAACCUCCUGAUUAAAAAUGUCCCACGUAAAUCCUUACGGGACCCAAACAACUCCAUGACAAUUUGGGUCAUUGAUCAGGGAAUGAAGAAGAUCCUGGAAGUGGCUGGGACGGUGUCUGAAGUUCCUGAUAGCCUUCCGGUCACUGACAGUGGUCGGAUGAGUGUAUCAGUACUGCUGAACAAACUCUACGAUGAUCUCAAAUGUGAUGCAGAGCGAGAAGCCUUUCACAAGCUCUGUGAGGACUAUGUCAGGGGCCGCUUUGAGUCUCCAGGGAUGGAUGGAAAGCUGCAGGCUAUCCAGACAGUCUCCACCCUGCUGCAAGGACCCUCAGAGGUUGGCAACCGUGUGCUGGAGAUGAGUGGCAUAUUGGAAUGCAUGAUAGCCCUGUGCAGCUCAGAGAGGGAGAUCGACCAGCUGAUUGCCGUGGAAGCACUGAUCCACGCAGCGGGCAAGUCAAAGAGGGCUUCUUUCAUCACUGCCAAUGGGGUGACCCUACUGAAGGACAUCUAUAAGAAGAAUGAGAGUGAUCAGAUCAAGAUUCGAGCGCUGGUGGGUCUCUGCAAGGUGGGGUCAGCGGGAGGAACGGACUGCAGCAUGAAGCAGUUUGCUGAAGGAUCAACCUGCAAGUUGGCGAAACAAUGCCGAAGAUGGUUGUGCAAUGACUCGAUUCAGUCCAGCACACGGCGCUGGGCAACAGAGGGGCUGGCCUAUCUGACCUUUGACGCUGAUGUGAAGGAGGAGUUUGUGGCCGAUCAGCCUGCAAUGCAUGCUAUGUUUGAGCUGGCAAAGUCAGAAGAUAAAACCGCCCUCUUUGCAGUUGCUUCCACUCUCGUAAACUGCACCAACAGCUAUGACAAGGAAACGCCUGACCCACAGCUGCUGGAACUCGCUAAGUAUGCCAAGCAGCAUGUCCCGGAGGAGCACCCUAAGGAUAAACCCAGGUAUGUGGGGAAACGGAUUGGGAAACUGCUGAAGGCAGGUGUGGUGUCUGCACUGGUGUGCAUGACUAAGAGGGAGAGUCCAGCCCUGACUGAUUCUUGUAAGGAGAUGAUUGCUCGAGUUUUCCUGGCUCUGGUGGAGGUUCCUGAGGAUCGUGGAGUUGUGGUAGCUCAGGGAGGAGGGAAGGCAUUGCUCCCUCUGGCAUCAGAAGGCACCGAGGUUGGUAAAACUAAGGCUGCCCAGGCACUGGCAAAGAUCACAAUCACCUCAAACCCAGAAAUUGCUUUUCCUGGAGAGAGAGUUUAUGAGGUAAUCCGACCUCUGAUCAACCUCCUGCACCUUGAUCGUACUGGACUGCAGAACUUUGAGUCCCUGAUGGCAUUAACCAAUUUGGCUGGACUCAGUGAGAGGCUGCGCGAGAAGAUAAUUAAGGAAAAAGCAGUUCCAAUGAUUGAGAGCUACAUGUUUGAAGAUCACGAGAUGAUAAGAUUGGCAGCUACGGAGUGCAUGUGUAACAUGGUCUUAAGUGAAAAGGUGCAGGAGCUGUUCCUGGUGGAGGGCUCAGAUCGGCUGAAGCUUUUAGUGCUGUACAGUGGUGAAGAGGAUGAGAAACUGAGAUGUGCAGCUGCAGGGGCUUUGGCUUUCCUGACGUCACUACAGCCAAAACUCUGCACCAAGAUGACACAGGUGACAAGCCACUGGAUGGAGAUUCUGCAGGCGCUAGUGCUGAGCCCUAAUGUUGACUUGCAACACCGGGGAGUCGUCAUCACAUUCAACCUGAUGAACGCUGAACAGGAGCUGGCCACCCUGCUGAUGGAGUCGGAGAUGAUGGAAAUCCUGUCGGCCCUGGCCAGGGAUGAUGAUGAGAAGAAAUCCAAAGUGUGUGGGGUUGCCAAAGACUGUCUUGACCGAGCAGUAGAGUACGGACUUAUUAAACCUAGCGUGGAGGGGAAGAGCCCGUAGUGGAGGCAAAUGCAGGACAUUCCAGGGAUAUAUGACCUAUUUCCCAAAUCACUGCUAUUCACUAUAACCCAAUGAGCUUUGGUGCCUCACAUCAUGUUUCUGUUGAUAACAGAGUACCGAAUAUUAGCCAUUGCAAUUGGGGUAUUAAUGCCAGCAAUGUGGCUAAGCCUUAAGACACUUCCCACUGUAAGGUUUUGCAAGAUUUUCCUGUAGCGUCACUGAAACACAGUUUGCUCUCCCCAUGGGCACAGUGGGCUUUUUGAGUUCUGGUUUUGGCGUGAUGUUUGGCAGCCUUCUCCCCUUUGUGGUUCACCUGUACAUAGUAUUGAUCAUUUCUCUGUCAUCUCCUUUGAAAGACAAAGAGAAAAGCCCAGAGAAAAUUGGGAGAAAGUUCCUCUUGGAUAAUUGGCAGUCCAAGAGAUCUCCUUCUAGUCAAGGAUCUCCGGGUUCCUCCGUAAGGUGGAUCGUCAGCCCCCACCUGCACCAGAGGUUUCCUCUCCAUCAGGGGUUCCCAGCUUGGGGUUCACAGAUCUUUUGCUGAAUAGCAGGUGUCCAUUGUAUGAGAAAAGUUGGGAAGCCCUGCUCUACAUGAAGAACCAUGUCCAGUUUAGCAUAGUUUUAAUAAUGUUUGCUUGUUUACAACCUGCAUUAAUCUGAUUACUAUAUGGCCUGAUUAUAUAUAACCAGGCGAGCUGAAAGCACUCUGGUAACUGACUUUUAACACACAAAAAUCUGAUAAUGAGGAUAAAAUGAUUCACUUAUUAAACAACUUAAUAGAAAACAUUAGACAACCAUACACAAUGAUUGAAGAUCCUUAGAAACAUAAUAUACUGUAUGUGGAACAAACAAAACAAUACCUUCAGGAAAACCAACAAAAUAUAGGCAAUAAUAGCCAAGAACAAAAAUAUUCCCAGAGGGACCAUGUUGCUAGAUUUUAGGACGUUUAUGACACAUUUAGUUUACGGGUGUAUAAAAUAUACCCAAAUAAAAUAAAACAUUUGCUUUCCACCCAUCAGUUUGAAUGGGAAUAUUAAUAAUGUUAGUUGGUUGCAGAGAACUUUGUGCUGGAAAUAUGACAUGAAGAAAAUUUGACUGUUAAGGUUUUGAACAAUCCAAUUCAUAGUGCAGACAGUGAGCAGGAGAUGUAGAUUCAGGUUUAAUUGAUAUCCAGACAUACAGUGAAAUGCAGCAUUUGCAUUAACAAUCAGCAUUCCCAUGGCUAUACUGGAAGCAACCAGCAAGUGUUGCCACACAUUCUGAUGCCAACACUAACAGAACUGUAAAGGGAUUUGCUGCUAAGGCUGGGAAGAGUAUCCGUGGAGCAACCCUAAACCUAAUGCCCACUUGAAGCCACUGAUGUGAAAUGAAAUUAUUGUCCACAUGUUAAAUAAUCUUAUUGCCCAAACAACUUAUUACUCAUUUUAGGUAGGCAUUUGUCCUCCAGAGGCUGAGUGUUUUUACUCAUAUGGAGUUUAAAAAGACCCAUUUCAUCUUUCUGGUGUGAGUGAUAUGGGUUGGACUUUAUACAAAAAAAGUAUUUGAAGAUCACAUCGGAUUAAUUACCACCUUCUUCAGAUAAU